ACAUGUAGAAUCCAUUGAAGAGCCAGGUUACGCCGCAGUGGACCGGGACGGACGUGUUAUGGGGCCGAGGGUGUUGCCAAUGGGGGCUAACCCGAGUGGUCGUCCUGCAAAUGGGCCCCUUGAUCCUACAGUGCCAUAUGCUUUGCCACAGAAGAGACCCAAACCUAAGAGACCUCGCCGUGAACCAAAUGAGCCAGCGAUUGAGAGGCUUCGCCCACCGCCACAGAUGUAUGGGCCUCCAUACUGGAAAGACUCUUAUAAAGGAUGGCCUCCCCCACAGUACACCCCUGAGGACAGAUCAUUCGAGGACCUCCCAGUGCAUGAUGGCGACGACUUAGAUUUGGAUGAUCCGUCCAAUCUUCCACCGAAUGAGGGGCCCCCGGACCUACCACCCCCUAUGGCUAUGUUGCCUAGCAACCGACCGAUUUCUAAUAAUUAUCAAAACUAUCCAGAUGAUGGCCUUCCAGAGCCACCUAUGUUUUUACGCGACAUUGUUUAUCCACCAGACGGCCAGGAUCCUCGCUAUGACUCGGACGGACCUGCGCCUUACCAUCCACCUUCUUCACCGGGACGACAAAGACAGCCGUACAUCAAUAUUCAUGGACAACUCGUUCGGCCUCCGUCGCAGGACUCGGACGGUUUCCGGAGACCCGAAUCUUUACGAUCGUCACGAAACACACUCACCCCGGAGCCCGAACUACCUCCAAAUCAAUGGCAACCGCGGGGAUCUGAGCCCGAGGAAAAAGCACCUGAGAUAAAUUACGUCAGUUAUUUGGUUUGAUGAAAAUGGAGUCGUCAUUGAAUACGCGCACAUCCUCAAGGACUUUUGAGAGUGGAUUACGAAGAAGCCAAAUAGCGAUAUUCGCGUUGUAUUUUCGACAAGAGAAGAUUACCAAUAUGUAAAAAUUUGCCACAGAAUUUUCAAUAAGGAAAGACUUUUCCGGUCGAGCAAGAAAUGAAACGCGCGUUCGUCGGUGAGUUCACCAAAGGUUGGUGCUUCUUGCUGAGUUGUUCACUUUAGAUAGAAAAUGAAUUACAUUGAGAAAAAAAAAGAAUAAGCCUGGUAGUAU